AUGGAAGGGCAGCCAGGCCAGGAGGCCAUUGCCACCGCAGGAAAGGAAACAGAAAAUGGCCAUCAUGUCGAUGCCGAGAAGGCUAGGACGAAUCCAGAGAUCAGUAAUGUAGACUCCGAAAAGGACGACAAUGGCGUAGCUCUCCACCAGACGACGAGCAACGCCUCCCAGCUUCCCAUGUCGAAGGCUCGUACCAUUGCUCUGGUCGUCACACUGACUGGCGCGGCUUUCCUCAAUACACUUUCGGUACAAGCAGCGGUCAUCGUCCUGCCCACCAUCGGCAGAGAACUGCACAUCCCAGCUGCUCGCCAACAAUGGAUUGUCUCCGCAUACUCCCUAGCCUUUGGUUGCUUCUUACUACUCUGGGGACGCCUAGCGGAUGUCUACGGCAAGCGCUUCAUCUUCAUCUGGGGUUCUGCUUGGGUAUGCAUCGUCACGCUAGUCUGUCCCUUCGUGAAGAACGAGAUCGGCUUCGAUGUCUUCCGCGGCCUGCAAGGUCUUGGAGCCGCGGCGAACGUACCGACUGCUAUUGGAAUCUUGGGUGUGACUUUCUCGCCUGGGAAGGCUAAGAACUAUGCUUUUGCUACAUACUCUGCUGGCGCACCUCUCGGAUCUGUAUUUGGGAAUAUUCUUGGUGGCAUUGUGGCGCAGUACGCUUCAUGGAGGUGGAUCUUCUGGAUCUUGGCUAUACUUGCGGCUGUGGUGACGGUUGCUGGACAUUUCGUCAUACCGCUACCUGUUCUCAAGCCUUCGCAGUCUGACCUUAAGAAUGCUGUCGAUUGGGUGGGGGGCACGUUGGUUACGCUCGCACUAUUCGCACUCAUGUUCGCUUUGACAGAGGGUAAUGUGGUUGGCUGGGGCAAGCCGUACAUUGGCGUCAUUAUUGCCAUCUCGGUCCUACUCAUGGUCGCCUUCGUGUUUUGGCAACUAUACUUAGAGAAGCGGACGAUGCGGCGCCCGCUGAUGAAGAUGACAAUCUUCAAGAAUUUGCAGGUGUCUGCGGCAAUGUUCACCAUGGCACUCUUCUUUGCUUCGUUCAACAACUAUCUUAUCUUUGCCACAUAUUACUUCCAGGACUACAAAGGUCGCAGUGCUAUUGAGACCACAAUUAGAUUCCUGCCAACUGGGGUUGUCGGCGUAUCUACUGUUUUUGUCACCUCACAAAUCCUUGCAAGAGUCAAGGUCAACUAUAUCCUCAUGUUCGGCACAGCCUGUGUCACGAUCUCGUCUUUGCUCUUCGCCGUGCCUAUACCAGACAACGAGACGUAUUGGGCCUACGGCUUUCCGGCUAUGUGCUUAUGCGUCUUCGGAGCCGAUACACUCUUCCCUACGUUGGUUUUGUUCAACGCUCACAGUCUCCCGAAGGAAGACCAGUCUCUCGGUGGAGCUGCGAUUAACGCUGUAGGCCAGACUGGACGAGCUGUAGGGCUGGCGAUUGCUACGGCUAUCCAGGUUGCGGUGCAGGAGCAUCGUCAGAACAAUCCUGGCUCUGCAGUGACGGGACAAGGCAAUCUGGACAAUCCUGCGUUCAAAGCUGGGAUUCGUGCAGCAGACUGGUUCAGUGUUGGUCUUGGUGUAAUCGCCUUUGUCACGGUCACCUUCGCGUUCAGAGGUGCAGGCAUCAUCGGGAAAACCAAACGAUGA